AUGUCUGAUCUCAAAGAGCGUUUGGUUCCUUCAAGACCUGCUUCAGCUCUAAACCUCAGAGGCGAUGCAGCGUCUCGGCCUUCUGCAUCAGGAAGGCAGCCACUCCUCGGAGUUGAUGUUUUGGGUCUGAAGAAGCGUGGACAAGGGCUCAAGUCAUGGAUUCGUGUUGACACUUUCGCCAACACUCAGGUCAUUGAGGUCGAUAAGUUCACUAUGAUGCGUAGAUGCGACUUGCCAGCACGUGAUUUGCGUCUCCUUGAUCCUUUGUUUGUGUAUCCGUCGACUAUCUUGGGACGAGAGAAGGCCAUUGUUGUGAACUUGGAGCAGAUCCGUUGCAUUAUCACUGCGGAUGAGGUUUUGCUGUUGAAUUCGCUUGACAACUAUGUGCUUCGCUAUGUGGUUGAGCUGCAGCAGAGGCUUAAAGCGAGUGCUGUUGGUGAGGUUUGGAAUCAGGAUAGUCUUGAAUUGAGCAGGAGGAGGAGUAGGAGCUUAGACAAUGUGUUUCAAAACUCAUCCCCUGACUAUUUACCUUUCGAGUUUAGAGCUCUUGAGAUCGCACUCGAAGCUGCUUGUACGUUUCUUGAUUCACAGGCUUCGGAGUUGGAGAUUGAAGCCUACCCGUUACUGGAUGAGCUUACCUCAAAGAUCAGUACUUUAAACUUGGAGCGUGUGCGUAGACUAAAGAGCAGACUUGUAGCAUUGACGAGGAGAGUUCAGAAAGUUCGUGACGAGAUUGAACAGUUGAUGGACGAUGAUGGAGAUAUGGCGGAAAUGUAUCUGACGGAGAAGAAGAAGAGAAUGGAAGGAUCUUUGUAUGGUGAUCAGUCCGUACUUGGAUACAAAUCAAAUGAUAGUGCGAGAAGCUCAGAGAGCACAACAGAGAAUAUAGAGGAGCUUGAGAUGUUGCUGGAAGCAUACUUUGUUGUCAUCGAUAGCACUCUCAACAAGCUAACCUCGUUAAAGGAGUACAUUGAUGAUACUGAAGAUUUCAUCAACAUUCAAUUGGAUAACGUACGGAAUCAGCUGAUCCAGUUCGAGCUGUUGCUAACAACAGCGACAUUCGUUGUAGCCAUCUUCGGGGUUGUAGCUGGGAUCUUUGGGAUGAAUUUUGAGAUAGAUUUCUUCGAAGUGCCUGGUGCUUUCAAAUGGGUUUUGGCCAUAACUGGAGUCUGUGGCCUUCUUAUAUUUUUGGCGUUCGUCUGGUUCUACAAACGUAGAAGACUCAUGCCUCUGUGA